AUGUCCAUUGAGCGGACGGUGGUGAUCUCGCCAAGGCGCUUGCAAACGUGCUGGGAACAGCCUCAGUUCUUCUCCAGUCCGCUUGCGAGGACAGGCGUGGCCGAAGGCGCUGGCGAAGCCUUGGACAAGAUCCCCUCAACUGAGAUGGAUGUGAGCCACAGGCGUCUGGAGACGCUGGCGGAAGCUUUUUGCAAGAGCUCCAUGGUGAAUCUGGAGUUUGCGGAUGACAAGCAGAGUCUUACUGGAAACAUCCAGGCAGUGGGCAAUGCCCUGACCACCAUGAAGGGCGCCAGCAGCUUCCUACAGGUGCCGGUGGUGCAAGCUGUGACCCCGGUGCUCCAGCAGCUUGUCACCAAGAAUUUCGACAAGAUGAGCGCCGCAGACCGCAGCACCAUCCAGGCCUUCCUUCAGCAGAGGGGAGAUGGCGAUGCUGUUCUGGGCGUGCUUGACGCUCUCAACGACGACUUCGGCGCAGAGCUGAAGACCUUGGCCUCAGAUGAGGACACUCACAAGAAGCAGUACGAGGAGUUGGCCGCGGCAAAGCAGGAGGAGAUUGUCGCUGGCGAGAAGCAGGUCGAAAGCAAGAAAGAGGAGAAAGCUGCAUCGGAGGAGGAGCGUGCUCACAAAAAGCAGGAGGUCAAGGACCUGAUGGCCGCCAGCGGGCAGGAUUUGGAGUUUGCCGAGGAGGUGAAGACCCGCUGCGCUGAAAUGGAAACGCAGCACGCCGAGCGCUCCAAGACCCGGGCGGACGAGACAGCUGCCGUGGCCAAGGCUAUCGAGAUCCUCAACGCCGACGAGGCCCAUGAGAACUUUGCCAAGACCUUUGCCCCAUCCUUUUUGCAGGAGUCGGCGGACGUGGUCCAGCGGCGCUCUAGCGCGGCGGCGGCAAUGGCGCAGGCGGCCCAGCGGGACGCGCGGCUGGCGGCGCUGGCGGUGCAGGUGAAGAUCGACAACUUCGUGAAGGUGAAGAAGGCCAUCGACGAGAUGUCCUUCGCCUUGAAGAAGGAGCAGCAGGACGAAGUGAAGCAGAAGGACUUUUGUGUUGAGUCCCUGCAGAAGAAUACCGUGGAGACAGAGGACAAGACACGUGCCAAGGACGCGCUUGUGGCCAAGGAGGGAACCUCCACUCUCGAGAUUGAGAAGUUGGGCAAGGAGGCAGAGGCUUUGAAGGCCUCCAUCGAGGACCUGAAGAAGCAGAUGCAGCUGGCCAGCCAGAACCGCGAAGCCGAGAACAAGGAGUUCCAGGGCCUCGUGAAGGAGCAGAAGGAGUCGCAGCGGCUCCUGAAGGAGGCCCUCGGUGUGCUGGGCAAGUUCUACAACGAGAAAGGAGGGGCUAUGAUCCAAGUCCACAAGCAGACGGCAGCUGAUGCUCCUGAGGGCUUCAAGGACUACAAGACCAGCGGCAAGAGCUUCGGCGUCAUGAGCCUUCUGCAGCAGCUCAUCUCUGAUGCGGAAGCCAUGGAGGCGGAGGCUACACGCGGCGAGCAGAGCUCUCAGAAGGCGUAUGAGAAGUUCGCCACGGACACUGCCUCAUCCCUGAAGGCCAAGGAGGAGGCCCUGGCAGACAAGAAGUUUGAGAAGGCUGGCACUGAGAAGACCCAUGUGCAGACAAAGGAGAGCCGCGAGGGUGUGGAGUCGGAGCUCGAGGGCCUGGCCACCACCAAGACCCAACUCCACGAAAGCUGCGACUGGCUCAUGCAAAACUUUGAUGCCCGACAGGCGGCUAGGGAAGAGGAGAUUGAGUCCAUCAUCAAGGCAAAAGCCAUUCUCUCAGGUGCUAGCUUUGCGGAGCUCCAGCUUGACUGA